AAAAACGGAAACCGGAAGCGUUUAAGACCAGGAAGCCAAGCACACUAGCAGGCUAACAGCUGUGAACGGAGCGGACUGAAGUGCUUGAAGCUCAACACACCAGCGCGUGCACCAAGUUUGUGUUUUCGGGAUUUUUCUCAGGAGUCAGGAUGAGUCUCCAGUGGACGGCGGUGGCCACCUUCCUCUACGUCGAGGUCUUCUUCGUCCUGCUGCUCUGCAUCCCAUUCAUCUCUCCUAAGAGGUGGAGUAAGAUCUUCAAGUCUCGGAUCAUCCAGACCAUCGCUCUCUAUGGGAACACUUCAUUCAUGGUGGCCAUCGCCAUCCUCGUCUUCCUGCUCAUCGAUGCGUUCCGUGAGGUGAGGAAGUACAGCGUGACGGAGAAGGUGGAUCUGACCAACAACCCGACGGCCAUCGAACACAUUCACAUGAAACUGUUCAGAGCUCAGAGGAACGAGUACAUCGCCGGCUUCGCCCUGCUGCUCUGCAUGUUGCUUCGUCGUCUCGCCACUCUGCUCUCCCAGCAGGCCACACUCAUGGCCUCCAACGAGGCCUUCAAGAAGCAGGCGGAGGGAGCCAGCACCGCCGCCAAGAAGUACAUGGAGGACAACGAGCUGCUGCAGGAGGUGGGACACAGUCUCUCUCACGCACGCACGCACGCACGCUCAGUCAGUCUCUCUGUUGUAAUCUGACCUGUUCGUACGGGGUGAAAAGAUCACCAAGUCCUCUGCUGCUAAAAGGAGAAUUUACCUCAUCUGCAUGUGACACACACACGCUCAGUCACACACACACACACACACAC